AUGGCCGCCAGCCCCCUGGAGCAGCAGCUGGGCAGGCUCACCAUCUUCACCCGAGAUGACUUUGAGGACAACUGGCAUCAAGUAGCCAGCGGUGGCUUUGGUCAGGUGUUCCAAGCUUGACACAAGCACUGGAGGACCCAGUAUGCCAUCAAGUGCUCCCCUUGCCUCCAGCACGAGGCCACCAGCUCUGAUGUAAAUUGCCUCAUUGAAGAAGCAACCAAAAUGGAGAAAAUCAAGUUUCAGCACAUUGUGUCCAUCUACGGGAUAUGCAAGCAGCCCCUGGGCAUUGUGAUGGAGUUCAUGACCAAUGGCUCCCUGGAGAAGAUGCUGCCCACCCACAGACUCUGCUGGCAACUCAAGUUCUGCAUCAUCCAUGAGACCAGCUUGGCCAUGAACUUCCUUCACAGCAUUAAGCCACCUCUGCUCCACCUAGACCUGAAGCCAGGCAACAUCCUGCUGGACGGCAACAUGCAUGUCAAGAUUUCAGACUUUGGUCUGUCCAAGUGGAUAGAACGGUUGACCCAGAUGCAGUGCAUCAAAAGGUUGGCUCUGUGGGGCAYGCUCAGCUAUCCCCCUGAGUUGUUCCUGGACAGUAACCAGGCCACGAGGCCCAAGUACGAUGUGUKUAGCUUUGGGAUUGUCAUCUGGGAGCUCCUCACUCAGAAGAAACCAAAUUCAGGACUCAACCUGAUGACUGUCAUCAUCAGAGUGGCUGCAGGUAUGCGGCUCUCCCUGCAACCUGUCUCUGGAUGGCCAGGCGAGGCCCAGCAGAUGGUGGACCUGAUGAGGCGCUGCUGGGACCAGGACCCCAAGAAGAGUUCAUGYUUUCUAGACAUCACAAUCGAGACAGACAUGCUACUGUCCCUGCUCCAGAACUUUGUGACAGACCCCAGGAGUGAGACCCUGGCCAGGAAGGUGUCCUGUAAGCCAUCACUGCACCAGCCCCAAGAGAUCAAAGACCUCUUUUUUCAAUAUCUUCCUCCAACAGACUCAGGAGACUACUUGAAGAGGGUCCUGCACUCUGACAGCGAGAGUUUGGAUCCAACGGAUGAGGAACUGCUGCCCAUCUAUGAGAACAAGGUCACUCCCCUCUACUUCCUGGUGGUCCAGGGAAGUGUGGAGCAGGUGAGGCUGCUCCUGGCACUCGAGGUUGAUGUGGACUGCCACACAGCCUCUGGCUACACACCUCUCCUCAUUGCCGCCCAGGACCAGCAGCCUGACCUCUGCGCUCUGCUCCUGGCACAUGGUGCUGAUGCCAACCUGGUGGAUGAUGAUGGCUGGGCCCCACUGCACUUUGCAGCCCAGAAUGGGGAUGACCACACUGCCCKCCUGCUCCUGGACCAUGGGGCCCUCGUGGAUGCUCAGGAGCAUUAGGGCUGGACCCCAAUCCACCUGGCCACACAGAACAAUUUUGAGAAUGUGACACRGAUUUUGGUCUCCCGUCAAGCUGACUCCAACCUACGUGAGGUUGAGGGCAGGACUCCCCUGCAUGUGGCUGCCUACUUUGGCCAUGUCAGUCUGGUCAAGCUGUUGACAGGACAGGGGACUGAGCUGGAUGCUCAGCAGAGAAACCUGCAGACAGCCCUGCACCUGGCAGUAGAGCAGGGCAAACUGAGGGCCAUCCAACACCUGCUGAAGAGUGGGGCGGCCCCUGACGCCCUUGACGAAAAUGGCUAUGGCCCGCAUACUGCUGCCACCAGGGGCAAGUACCUCAUCUGCAAGAUGCUUCUCAGGUAUGGGGCCAGCCUUGAGCUUCCCACCCACCAGGGCUGGACACCCCUGCAUCUAGCCACCUACAAGGGCCCUGAGAUCAUCCACCUGCUGGCUGAGAACCAUGCWGUCUUGGAUGCUCUUGGAGGUAUGAACUGGACACCCCUGCACCUGGCUGCCUGAUACAGGGAGGAAGUAGUGGUGUUAGCACUGCUGCAGUGUGGGGCUGACCCCAAUGCCACCGAGAAGUUGGGCUGGACACCCCUCCACCUGGUGGUCCAGAGGGGUGCCUUCCUGGGCGUCAUCAACCUCCUGGAGCAUCAUGCAGAUGUCUGUGCCCGCAACAAGGUGGGUUGGACACCUGCCCACCUGGCUGCUCUCCAAGAUUACACAGCCAUCCUCAAAGUUCUGGUCAAGGCUGGUGCCCAGCUGGAUGUCCAGGAUGGAAUAAGCUGCACACCCUUACAGCUGGCCUUCCGGAGCCAAAAACAGGGCACCAUGGCCUUCCUAGAGGGCAAGGAGCCUCCACUGGCUACUCUGGGAGGUGCUGAGCUGGGAACCCAGACAGAAGUUUAG